AACCUGAGAAGAGGAAAGACCCUCCUGUCCCUGGCCCUGGGCCAGCAAAGCCACUAAGGCCCUUUUAACCAUCAUGGCCUUGAAACCCGAGGACACCCGCACUGGGUUCCGGCAUGGCACAGUGGUAGACUUCAUCAAUGAGAAGAUGUCCAUGCACGCAAAAGGCCCUGAGUUCUACCUUGAAAAUCUGUCCAUGUCCUGGGAGGAGGUAGAGGACAAGAUCAAAACCAUUCUGGAAGACAGCGAAAUGUCCAGUGAUGCUCAAGAGGCCUGUACUUGGGGCAGCCUGGUCCUGGGCCUGCGCUCAGCUCUCAGGCGGGGGCAUUUACAGGGACGUAAGGUGCAAUGGUUGCAUGACUUUGCCAAACUGCACAAGUCAGCCACUCAUGCAUUAGCCUUGGAUGUGAAGCAGCUCAAAGAGCAGCAGGAGGUGGAGCGCAAGGAGACUGCCUUCCAGCUCCAGCUGGCCCAUGCCAAACUGGCCCAGGUGCAGAAAGAGAGGGACCUGCUGAGAUGGAAGCUUAUGGAGGCGGAGCUGAGGGCUCUCCCAGGGCCAGGUGUGGAGGAUCCAGACCUGGCUGCUGUCCAAGAGGUGGAGAUACUUGGAACAGGUGAGAAGCAAGAGGUGGCAGAGACUGAAGCUAAUGCCAUAGCUCCAGAGGCAGCCACAGAAGAGCUAAGUGAAAGCUUCCUGCGUCUUCUCACAGUUGUCCAUCAGCAAAAUUACACCUCUGGCCCAGACAGAGAGGGUGAUCUUAGUCCAUCUGGCCCAGACAGAGAGGGUGACCUUAGUCCCUCUAGCCCAGACAGACAGGGUGAUAUUUUUCCCUCUGGCCCAGACAGAGAGGGUAAUCUUAGUCCCUCUGGCCCAGACAGAGAGGGUGAUCUUAGUCUGUCUGGCCCAGACAGGGAGGGUGAUCUUAGUCCCCCUUACCCAGAAAGAGAGGGUGAUAUUAGUCUGUCUGGCCCAGACAGUGAGAGUGAUCUUAGUCCAUCUGGCCCAGACAGCGAGGGUGAUCUUAGUCCAUCUGGCCCAGACAGCAAGGGUGACCUUAGUCCCUCUGGCCCAGACAGAGAGGGUGACCUUAGUCCAUCUGGCCCAGACAGAGAGGGUGAUCUUAGUCCAUCUGGCCCAGACAGAGAGGGUGAUCUUAGUCCUUCUGGCCCAGACAGAGAGGGUGAUCUUAGUCCCUCUGGCCUAGACAGAGAGGGUGAUCUUAGUCCAUCUGGCCCAGACAGAGAGGGUGAUCUUAGUCCCUCUGGCCCAGACAGAGAAGGUGAUCUUAGUCCCUCUGGCCUAGACAGAGAAGGUGAUCUUAGUCCAUCUGGCCCAGAAAGAGAAAGUGACAUUAGUCCUGUAGAAACAGCCACACUUUAUCUCUCUGGGGCCCUGAAGGCCACAUCCACAUCCUCACCAGAACCCCUUCCUGUCCAGCUCCCUGCCUCUUUCUCAUACAACUACUCAAGCCCUUUUUCCUGUUUCCCUGUUGCAUCUACCCUAUCCCCACUAACAGCCCUGAGUUCAGCACCUAUUGAACCUCAGAUGCCCCCUGACUACUCAGGCUCUGAUGUUAGCUUCUGGUCUACUGUGUGGGCUCCAGAAGCAGACUCUGAGGAACACCACAAAAUGAAGAGAGACCUGGAACUCCAUCAGCAGAGAAAACAUCCAGUGUUUCGAAAGCCUGGGGAUUGGGACUGUCCUUGGUGUAAGGCUGUGAAUUUUUCACGUAGGGAAAAUUGCUUCCGCUGUGGGAGGGCAAUCUGGCUGCAAAACCCUUAG